CCUUUCUCUUCGGCAUUAUUAGGAGAGAGAGAGAGAAGAAGAGGUAACUAGUGACUGGAGUGGAGAGCAUAAGGGGACCCUUAUCUUUGCGGCCCUCCUUCUUUGGCCUCUUGGCUCUGCAGCUGGAAACAUCUAGCCUUUUAAAGCCAAGCAAUCGCCAAAAAAGAGGAAAACGGGAAAGCAAACAAAGAUAUAACCACCGAAAAUAGAACAGCCAACAGAAAAUCUUCUGGCGAUAAAAUCUCUACAAAAUUUUCUCCAUUUCCAACCACUCUCAAUUUCAGAGAUGUCUGAACUGUGAGAAAGAAAGAAAUCCCAAAGACGAAGGGGGGCAUGUCGGCAUGAUAGAGCUGCAAGAGCUUUUAGGAAUUUGAGAUGGCAGAAUUUGACAAUUGGCCUGCAUCUCUCGGCCAUGGCGGCCAUUUGAUUGCCAUUUAUGGACAUUCUCUUCUCUUCUGAGCCUGAGUCGGUUGCGUUUUGUCAUCGUUCAGUUGCCAAGCAGCCCUUCUCCUUUUUCUCUUUCCUCAACUCACCCCUACCCCUACCCCUUUCUCCUGCUCUGUUUCUACUUUUCACUUCCUCCUCAGCCUUGCCCUUUUGGAAGACAGAAUGAACCAUUUUGUUCCCGUCUUCGAAAUGGAGGACGACGAUGGAAUCCCUUCUUCUUCGGCCUUCAAUGGCCUCAAGAAAUCAUCCGCCAGGUCUGAGGACGACAUCAUGGAGCUACUCUGGCAGAACGGCCAAGUUGUUGUCCAGAGCCAAACGCAGAGAUCUCUCAAGAGAUCCCCCAAACACGACGGCGGCGGCCUGAACCCAGCCGACCACUCAGCGUUCAAGGAGAUCCGGCCGUCUUUCCAUGACCAUCCUGCUCUGCCUACUCCCCACCUGUUUAUGCAAGAGGACGAGAUGGCCUCCUGGCUUCAUUACCCCAUCCACGAACCCAAUUUUGAUCAGGACCUCUGCGCCGAUCUCCUCUAUCCAGCCGCCCCCUGCAUCACCGCCGCCCUCACCGCCGCCACAGGCACCGCCUCAGCGACGACCAACGUCGGCGGUCCUCCUGUUCGCCCCUUGCAGAAUCAGCACUUGGCCGCAGUUGCCAGGCCGCCGAUUCCUCCCCCCAGGAAGCCUGAUGUGGUUCAGAACUUCGCGCACUUCUCCAGGCACAGAGCGGCCGCGGUCAGGGGAAACAUGGCUGAAUCGGGACCUUCCAAUUCGAAGACGGUGGUGAGGGAAUCCACGGUCGUUGAUUCGAGCGAUACCCCGGCGCUGCGGCUUAAUUCCGACAAUCUUGGCGGAACCCUGAGCGUGUCGGCAGCUGGCGUGAGCGGCGGCGCUGGGCACGGAGCGAUGGCGGCGGGUCCCUCGACCUCCACCAAGACGACUAAGGACGUGAUGACCUGCGAGAUGACGGUGACGUCAUCUCCCGGCGGCUCCAGCUCGAGCGCGGUGCCGGCGACUCAGAGUCAGCGGACGGAGGAUAGGAAGCGGAAGGGGAGGGAGGAGGAGGGCGAGUAUCACAGCGAGGAUGCUGAGUUUGAAUCUGUGGAAGUGAAGAAACAAGCUCGCGGAUCAACUUCAUCCAAUAAGAGGUCUCGUGCUGCUGAGGUUCACAACCUCUCUGAAAGGAGGCGUAGAGAUCGGAUCAACGAAAAGAUGAGGGCCUUGCAAGAACUUAUACCACGUUGCAACAAGUCAGACAAAGCUUCUAUGCUGGAUGAGGCGAUUGAAUACUUGAAGUCUCUUCAAUUGCAAGUACAGAUGAUGUCCAUGGGAUGCAGCAUGGUUCCUAUGAUGUUUCCUGGCGUCCAGCAAUACAUGCCACCUAUGGGGAUGGGUAUGGGGAUGGGAAUGGAAAUGGGAAUGAACCGGCCAAUGAUGCCAUUUCCAAAUGUUUUGGCUGGUGGAUCCUUGCAGUCAGCAGCAGCUCAUUUGGGCCAGAGGUUUCCUGUGCCAGCCUUUCAGAUGCCGCCUGUCUUGCAUCCUGAUGCAUCCCGAAUUCAAGUUGCAAACCAGUCAGAUGCCAUGCUAUGCACACUAGGCGCAUCGACCCUGGGCCAACAAAGGCCUCCAAACUUUCCUGAUCCCUAUCAGCAAUUCCUUGGUCUCCACCAGAUGCAGAUGCCAAUACCAAUGCCACAGAAUCAACUAAUACCACAGCCAAGUACGAGCAAGCCCAGUUCAAGUCCUGGAGGUGAACACGGUGAUGGUCAUCAGUCUGGCACAUGAUGAUCAGAAUAUUGAAGUGAAUGAGAGACGACCAAUGUUUUCACCUUGCAGCAGUAUGUUGUAUAGUCGGAGCGAGUCUCGUCCAGAAUUGUAAUGCAAUUGGUGGUGAUCCUCGCAAUUGUCCCGGGAAUGCUUUGGCUGGGAGUGGCGCUAAUUCUGCCAGCAGGAGAAUUAGACAGCGAUAGUGAAGGUGUUGGAUUUCAUGUAAUUUGCAGGUUGAAGUUUGGUUCCUUGGGUGGAUAUGCAUCAGAUCCGGCAAGGCCCUAGGAAGUUUUGUAGUUUAGUGUUGAAGUUGAGUGUAUAACAGAGAAAGAGCAGCUCUGGCAACUGUCUUAUACCCCACCCAAAAACAAACCUAAAGCUAACAUGUAAUUAUUACAAACCUAUAGAAUUCGAACCUAGAAACCUUACCUGUUUGGAUCCGUUCCCAUCCUGCAUCCAAUAUAUUUAUAUGCUACUAUUAUUCUUUUCCACUUUGUGAUAAUAAUAUAUAUUAGAAGCGAUACCUGCGGGGACUAAAGUUGCAGUAACAUGAUUGUACUGUAACCAAGGA